AUGGCACCCCCUCCCGUGCCCCCUGCUCGGCCUGGCGAGCACCAGUACUGGACCGAUCCCAUUCUCUGCGCGGAGACUCGAGCCAGAUUGGAACAUUUCCGCAACCUUGGAUGGCUUCCUCCAAACUUCAAGCCCAAGACCUUGGAAGGUCUUGCUGUUAUCGAACGAUACUGGCGGAAGUAA